AUGUCAAGGCCUGUUGAGAGAAUAGCAGAGAUCAAUGAUGGAAAAGAGCUUUGGAAGAUUGUUGUUAGGAUUCACCACCGAUGGAAAGUUGUCUCCAACAGCAAGGAACAUUUUAAAAUGAUCUUUGUUGACAAAUUGGGAGAUGAUAUUCAUGCUGUUGUUCCAGCACCGCAUGUGUCGGUUUUCACCGAAAAAUGCUUAUUAGGCCAUACUUAUACUGUAUCUAAUUUUAAGGUGGUGCCUUAUGUUCUGGCAUUCAGGGCAUCGGGACACAGAUAUAUGAUAAAGUUUACUGCUGGAACGUCUGUUCUUGAUGAAGACAAACAUGAGAUACCCCCGAAAUCGAUUUUAUUUACAAGUUUUUCAGACAUCAUAACAGGGAGGUUUGACAAACAUGUUCUGAUUCAUGUCGUUGGAAUGGUGGAUAGUAUUGGUUAUGCACAGACUGAGUCAGGUGCAAAGAAGCAGCAAAUUAGCAUGAUGUUGCGUGAUCACAGCAACAACAUGUUGAACUGUACUCUGUGGGAAUCAUACGCGGAUCAGUUCAUCAAGUUUAACAAAGUUAGGGUUGCUGCAUCACUACCUACAGUUGUGUUGCUUCAGUAUGCCAAAGUGAAGGAAGAAGGAAAGUAUCCUCUGUCUGUGACAAACACCUACAAUGUGACCCUUUUAUGUGUUGAUGCUGAUUUUCCGAUCAUGAAAGACUUUAUUGAUAGAAUGCCUGAGGAGAGCAAGGUAACCCUCUCUGACCAACUUGGAGGGAAUUCACAAUAUUCCUCCCAAAGUUCUGAAAAUCAACAGCUCACUCCUGUGCAAAAAUUGUUCUCAAAGGCUGUUGUUUUGCCUAUUGCUGAGAUUAUUCAACUUACGGAUGUUACAUUUUGCGCUACUGUCGCUACAACAAAAUUAUUAGUAGCAUCUCCGUUUGAAUGGUUCUAUCGUGCCUGCCAUAUGUGUCAAUCUAUAGCGCGCGGGGACAGCCCCCCCUUUGAGUGUGAAGCUGGUCAUGAAACCAUGGCUGAAGUCCUUAGGUUUUAG